UAAGAGCAUACGGAAAUGUAUUUUAUGAAACAAAGUGCAGGACUGUUAAUAAUUUUACACAUCUUAGUUAUGACUUUAGGUGCACGAGAAUUGGAAGUUGAACAUUUAACUAGAAGUGUUGACUCAGAUAUAAUUGAAUCUGUUUCACAUGAGGAAGUGAAUAGUGAUGAAAGUUUUGAAAGUGAUGAUCUUGAUAUGAUUAACGAUAAAGACAUUGUAUCUCUGUUAGAAGAAAAAUACAAAUUCGUGAAUGACAAUACAUCCACUAGGUACCAGAUUAGAAACGAUGAAAGAGCUAUUCCUGUGUUCCCAGAGUCAAAGAGCGAACGCAAACUGGCGUGGGCGUUUCGCACCUACGCGGUGCGUCGAAUAGUCGGUGGCAUGGAGACCAGCAUCAGUAUGUAUCCGUACAACGUCGCUAUAUCAAGGAAUGGCAAACACUGGUGUGGAGGCUCCAUCAUUGAUGAACAGUGGGUUCUAACUGCUGGACAUUGCUUGGAGUCGGCUCAUGAUGGAGAUAAAAGGAAACUCCUCCCAUUUAUAAUUCGAGCGGGGAGCUCGUUUCACAAUCGCGGGGGAUAUCAAGCUAGAGUAAACAAGGUUUUCUUCCCCACGAAUUAUACGCCAGGCAAUGCAGACUACGAUUUCUCCUUGCUCCGCCUAGACCGGCCUAUGCCUAUAGGUCGAAACAUAGCAGUUCUGAACCUUCCUACGGAAGAAUAUUCGAUACAGCCCGAUGACGUACUUAUUGUAACGGGAUGGGGAAGUACCCAUGAAACCGGGAUUGGCAAUAUCCCGGAGCGAGUGCGUUUUGUGCCCGUGCCAGUGAUGAAAUUGGAAGAAUGUCAGAAGGCUUACAGGUUCUAUAUCACGCAGAGGAUGCUAUGUGCAGGAUAUGCUACAGGAGGAAAAGAUGCUUGUAAUCACGAUUCUGGUGGGCCAGCAGUCCGCGACGGUGUCCUACUAGGAAUAGUCUCAUUUGGUGGUAAAAAAUGUGGAGAUCCAAGGUCGCCAGGUGUGUACAGUAGAGUGACUGAAAUGACACACUGGGUGGAGACUACGGUCAAUAACAACGAGGCCUGGAAUGUUCCUGAACUAAAGGCAAAAAUAGAAAAAGCCAGGCAGAGAGAGCGUGAGUUGCAGAAAUUCAAGGCGAGAGUAGAAGAGAAAAAGAAUAACAUUAAGAGCUGGCUUCGAGAGACGCUAAAAUCCUCGUCCUUUCUGGAAUUGGCCAAGAAGAAACUGAUAGAGGCCGGGUUUCAUUUCAGAAGAAAUUACAGAAGUUUCGAUAAUUCAGAAACUAUUAUUGACGAUGAUACUUUGGAUGAACUGAAUUUGUCUAAUCUUAUUAAUGAGAGGAUUUUAGAUGAGGAUUCAGAAAGAAAUGAAGCAGAGCUGCUUUUAAGAACUUUAGCGAUGGAAGAAGUAAUAUUCAAUGGGGAAAGCAAGGAAAAAUCUACUUCUAGGGAUUCUGUUGGCAGUGAGAAGGAUAUGGAGACUAUUGUAGCGUAUUUAUAG